AUUGGGGAUGCCUACAUAAUAUUAUGUUUAAUACAAGGCUUAUUUGGAAGGUUUAUUGGAGAAACUUUACACAUUAAAGAAAAGGGUUGUUUUUCUAGUGCUUAGUUUAAAUCAUAUUCAUGGAUUUCAUUGUUAGUGCUCUUUCUUCAAAUAUGGUUUCUUCCUCAUUUCUUAUAUAAUGAUGUUUUUUUGAUGCAGAUGCCUGUGCCCUUUACACCAGAGUUGAAACCUAAAAGAGCAUCGACUUCAAGGAAAAUGAAGACCACAACUGUUGUGGUGGAGGAAAACAAAGAUGCAGGUGCCGUAAUGAUUCCCGAAACCAAGCCAGACAAUGUUAAAGAAGAAUGCAACAUGGAAAAUGCUGAAAAUGGAGAAGCCAAAAUUAUUGAGGCACCUAUUCCUAAAAUGGAAGCUGAAGAAGUAAAAGAAGAGAUGAAUGAAGAUACAGAAGAAGAUGGAGGAGACAAGAAAGAAACAGUGGCAACAGAAGGAAAAGAUGAUGAGUUAGAAGAAAGCAUUCAAAAUAUAGAGAAAGAUGAAGAUGGAAAAGAGGGCAAAGAUGAAAGUGAGGAGGUGGAAUGUGGAAAAAAGGAAGACAUCCUAGAAGAGAAAACAAGUGCAGCAGAAAGCGAAGAUGGAAAGGAAGACAUAGAUGAUGAAAAGAAAGGAGACAAUGAAAAAGAAGAAGAUGACAAAGAAGAAGGAGAUGAGAAGAAGGAAGAGGAGAAAGAUGAGAAUAUUAAAGCUGAGGAGGAAGGAAAAGAACAGGAAGAGGAAAAAGAAGAGGAAGAUGGAAAAUGCAAAGAAGAAGAAAAUAAGGAAGAUGGAAAGGAAGGUCAGCGUGAGGAAGAUGGAAAAGAGGAGGAAGAAAAAGAAAAAGAGGUUGCUGGUGAAGGAAAUGAUGCAAACAAGGAGGAGGCUGGAAAUGAAGCUGGAAACGAAGAUUUCAAACUAGAUGGAGAGAAAGAGGAGUCUCUGAAUAUUGUCUAAAACUGCCCUAUGUAAGAUCAUAAUUUGGUAACGUGUACCUUCCUGUUGUAAUGUUAAUAGAGAUAAAUAUUUUUAUCAGAUAUUUUAUAAACAGUGCUUUUCUUUAGCAUCAUUCAAUCUUGGAACAUCAUACAAGUUAUUAGUUGCAAAAUACCCAACAUGACACCUUUAUACAUUUUGUGAUUAUAGUAGUGCAAAAUAUAAAAUGUAUACUUGCAACUUUGUGAAUUUCACCAUGUGUAAGUUAUGUAUUAAAUCUUUGAGUUUCAAUUUUAUUCUUAUACGUGAUAAUUUUGCAAAGUAGGAGAAUUCCAAAAGAAACAGUUUGGUACAACUUUGCUGUAGUUCCCUAGGUUGCUUUUAUAAAGAAGGUCAACUAUUUUCAGGUAAUGUUAAGAGUUGGAAUUGCCAUUACCAAAUAUAACUGUAUUAGUAGCUUGGAAAAAAAUAUAAAACUUUAGUUUCAUUUUUCAAAAUUUGAAUGUUUAUUUCAGGAGGGCAGUUUUGAUUAUAUGUGUAUGCACAAAGUUCUGGUGGAUUUAUCAUAAUAAAACAGUUCCA